CUGGUCCUAUAGUCCACCAUGUUCAUGCUAGGACGAACUUCAGACAGGUGGGGGGUCCGUGGGUGGCCCUGCCCGAUAGACUUCCUACCGCUCGCACGGGCUCGUUGGCCGCUCUCUUGGAGCGCCGGCGUGCUGCGCAGGCCUGGGCGGGCAAGUGGAAGACGCCGGCGGAGCGGCUGUUGAGAAGCCCAGCCCUCGCUAGUGGCCACGUGGAAGAUGUAUGAGCACUACUGACACGUGGACGACAAUACGUCAGCCGUGGCUCACCGACGAACGACGAGGCUGUGACACGUGGCAAGGUGUGGAGGUCUCUCAACGGUCAGCAUAGCCAUCAAGCUCUGCUGUGAACUCGUCAUCGGCCGACCGCCUGACUCUGUUGCCAUCUUCCCACGUUGUUCUCUCUCUCUCUCUCUCUCUCUCUCUCUCUCUCUCUCUCUCUCUCUCUCUCUCUCUCUCUCUCUCUCUUUCUCUCUNUCUCUCUCUCUCUCUCUCUCUCUCUCUCUCUCUCUCUCUCUCUCUCUCUCUCUCUCUCUCUCUCUCUUUCUCUCUCUUUUUAGCGCGCGUACACACACACACACACAAAGAUGGUGAAGAAGAAGGAGAAGAAGCCGGCUUCGGCUUCCAAAGCAUUGGCGCCGAAACAUUCUAUGGAUGAGAAGCGGCGGCCGAACAAGAAUGCGGAGCCGGGCAUGAGAUCAGCUUCCACUGUUCGGCGGCUGGGUAUGUACAAAGCACGACCCGUGAGGAAUCGAAGGGGCAAGAUCUUGCGCGAGGAGUACCAAUCCAAGGAACUUCCCAAUACCAGAAUUCAACCGGACAGGCGAUGGUUCGCACGGGUGCACCUGCUGGAGACGGAGAAAUUUUCUGAUGUUUUUGGCCCGAAGAAACAGCGCAAGCGGCCUAAGCUUGCAGUGGAAGAUUAUGAAGCCCUUGUGACCAAAGCAACUUCAAUUGGAGAUGUUUACAAUGAGAAGCUGGAUGCGGGUAUGAGGGACCCAGGAACCUUAGUGGAAGACGGUGAUGGCGUGAGGGCAGAAGUCAGGGAUAGCAUGUUUAGUAAAGGCCAAAGCAAGCGGAUCUGGGGAGAGCUCUACAAAGUUAUCGACUCAUCCGAUGUCGUGAUUCAGGUUUUGGAUGCAAGAGAUCCUCAAGGGACACGAUGCAGACACCUGGAGAAUCACCUGAAGAAGAACUGCAAACACAAACACUUGCUGCUGCUUCUGAACAAGUGUGACUUGGUGCCGGCAUGGGUGACGAGAGGCUGGCUGAGAGUCCUGUCACGAGAAUAUCCCACCUUGGCGUUUCAUGCAUCGGUCACCAACCCGUUUGGCAAGGGUGCUUUGUUGUCUCUGUUGCGACAACUAGCAAGGCUAAAGAGUGAUAAGCAGGUCGUGUCCGUUGGGUUUAUUGGCUAUCCUAACGUCGGAAAAUCUUCCGUAAUAAACACGCUACGGACAAAAAAGGUCUGUAAGGUGGCGCCGAUUCCCGGUGAGACAAAAGUGUGGCAAUACAUCACGCUGAUGAAGAGGAUUUUUCUGAUCGAUUGCCCAGGAGUCGUCUAUCAUUCCAAGGACUCAGAAACUGAUAUCGUCUUGAAAGGAGUGGUAAGAGUUGGGAAUCUGGAGCAUGCUUACGAACAUAUUGGCGAGGUGCUUCAACGUGUCCGGCCAGAAUAUCUGAAGAGGGCCUACAGGAUCUCAUCUUGGGAGAACGACGAGGACUUUCUUUCGCAAAUUGCAAAGCAAACUGGCAAACUGUUGAAGAAAGGGGAGCCUGACUUGAAUACAGCCGCGAAGAUGGUUCUGUAUGAUUGGCAACGAGGCAAGAUACCAUUCUUUGUGCCCCCACCUAGUCAGGAGGAUGGGGACCGGGCAGCAGCGGCUCCGGCAUCCACGGGACGUGAUAAACCUGUGGGAACAGCAGAUCAAGCAGGGAAAUCAUCUGCAGAAGCUGAAAGGAGGAGCUCAGCAGAUGCAGAGGAAAGCGAAGAGGAGGGGGCUGAGAUAGAUCCGCUAGGGAGAAAGAAAGCAGAGGUGGAUGCUGUCAUAACUACCCUAGUUUCAAAGCAACAGGUGAGAAAGUUGCCUGUUCAGGAAGGUUUCUUUGUGGAAGAGGAUGAACGGUUGGGUAGCGGUGAUGAUGCGGGCGAGGGUAACGGCACAGACGAUUUGCGGGAAAGUGACAUUUCGGAGAACGAUGAUGAUGAGGAGGGGCAGGGGGAGGAGGAGGAGGAGGAGGAGGAGGAGGAGGAGGAGGACAUGGAGGAGGAACCGGAAGAUGGAGAUGAGGACGAGGAAGAUGAUGAUGGGGAUGGGAAGGAGAGAAGGGCAAUCAGUCCAAGUGACGAGGAGCCGAACGAGAUCACCGGGAAGAGCGAUACGGGUAGCGAGAAAAAGAGGAAACGGACCAGCGCCAAGGUGGACGAUAAGGAAAAGGAGGAGGAGGAAGAUGAGGAUCUGUCUUGGGAAUCUCUCUUACAGAGUGUGCAAGAGCAAGUUCAGGCGACAGCUGCACCGGGCAAAGCACCAACACCCGGGAAAGAGGGAAGCCCGGGUCAGCCGACGCUUGGCAGCAAGGAUGAGCCGUCGCCUGAUCAGAAAGAGCGGCGGAGGAAGAAAGGUAAGAAGAAGGGUAAAUAAAAAAUAAGCCCUUUCGUCGGUGUGGCUGCACGGAUCGAAGAACAACGGCAGGGUGGAAAGAUGAAGAGGGUAGACGGACAGUUGUUGCAGGCGCGCACGCACGUAUACAAGGCACCAGAACUUCAACCGAACGGACAGGACAACGGAAGAAGAUUCUGACGAAUGCAUUUUGCCUUUACGUGGAGCAGAAAGACGAUCAGAGGUGAUGUGCAGCAGUACUGGGAUUUCUUGUGUUCGCUUCGGAAAGAGUUUUCUCAGGUUAGAGGGAAGAAAGUACGCUUUUCCAGAUUCUCUUUGAAUCAGGAUUUUUUUUUUUAUUGUCUCCGCGCUUGGGAAAGAGUUUUCUCAGGUUGGGGAAGUAAGAGUACACUUCCAGAUUCUCUUUGAAAGUUGAAACAGGGUUUCUUGUGUCCGCUUGGGAAAGUGUUUUCUCAGGUUAGCGUAUUUUCGAAAUG